CGAUAGACACGUAACAAAUUGAUCCCAACCCCGUAUUCGAGUUUGAAAUAAGGCUAGGUUCGACGGCAAUACAACACCACUACCGUUAUCAAUACCAACGAAUAUGUUUUGGUUUCGUGUCGUAUCUAUUCAAAGCCGAAAUCUUGGUACUUUUGGAACUGGCAAGAGAUCAAGAGGCAACGCACUGUGCAAAACUUGUUUCUACUUCCUUGACCAUAACUACGGACACUCGAGGCAAUGUUCUAUUCGGAAUGCGCCCUCCUUUGCACCAGACGAUCCAAAAUUCACCUCUUUCAAAGGAACUGUUUCAUUUCAAGACGAAUACGACAAUCGCAUUGGUACUUUUUUGACGAUAAUAACAAGAUCAUAUUCCUCGGCUUCGAAGCCAGAGGCAUCCGCAACGAUGAAAGUUACUAAAAUGGGAAUGAGUGGAAAGGCUCGUAUCCCUUUUGUCAUUCAACGGGGUGGUACUAGCAAAGGUAUAUUUUUUCACAAAGAAGAUUUGCCAAAAUGCGAAGAGUUGCGAGACAUCGUCAUUCAGGAUGCGUUUGGAUCUCCCGAUGUACGACAAAUCGAUGGGCUGGGUGGGGCCGACGUAUUGACAUCCAAGGUGGCCAUUGUCAGUAAGAGAAUGGAUAGUUCGGGUUGCACGGACAAUGUGCUGGCCGAUGUCGACUAUCUAUUUGGACAAGUCGAAUUUGGUCGUCCAAGUUCAAGUCCUUCUGAUGCUACUAAUUUGGUACGAAAAAGAAUUUUAUACGACGUGAAUUGUGGAAACAUCAGUGCAGGUGUCGGUCCGUAUGCAAUCGAGGAGGGAUUGAUCGAAGUGAACGACGACACGGUAGCGGCGAUAGAUAUCGGUUCUAAUGAUAGUAAUGGCAUUCGUUGUCCAGCAUAUCGACAAACAGUAAGGAUCUACAACGUCAACACAGGAAAAGUCAUCAUAGCGGAGGUUCCUGUUACAAAAGUUUUGGAGAAAGAUGAGGCUGAUGGCUGUGGCGAUAGUUGGAAUGAUUGGACAGUCGUAGAGGAAGGAGGGUACGAAAUCGAUGGUGUCCCUGGAGCAUCUGCGUAUCUUCCGCUCGAUUUUUCAAAUUGUGUCGGGACUCUCACUGCUAGCGAUGGUAGUAGCAACAGCCAAACCGCAGACACUAGAGACCAAGGGUCGUCGCGUUUGUUGCCCACAGGCAAUGUCCGAGACGCUGUAGUAGUCGACGGGCAAUCCUACGAUGUUUCACUGCUCGAUGUCGCAAAUUUUGUUGUCCACGUUGACGGGCGGCAACUCGGUUUGACGGGAAAGGAACCAUCCCUGGAGAUCCUGAAGAAUAGCAAAUUCUGGAAUACCGUUCGAAGAAUACGGUUCGAGGCGGCAAAGCUUGUCAUGGAGGAAGACGAAAUCACGCUCACGAAACCCUUUACUGCCGUCGUUUUUCCAUAUCUUCCCGAUCACGGAUACGAAAGCAUCCGGGGAGAUCUGAUCUGCGAUGCCGUCGACCAGGAAAAGGACGAGCCACCAUCGGGAGAAAACCACGACGGGCGCACAAACCAUGCGGGAAUCGAUUUUCGUUCGUUCGUCCUAUUUUGUGACCAUCCCCACAAAGCCUACCCCGGUACCGCGAGCAAUGCUACCGCAGCAGCGGCCUUGAUCGAUGGAACAGUCGUAAAUGAUGUUUUGAACAAUCCAAUAGAAACGACAACUUUGGAACCUAACAAACGAACGAGAGAGAAAAUUGUGACCAUCGGCCAUCCUUCCGGUCGGAUGGAGGUUUCAUCGAGGAUAAAAGAGACACUCGGCGAUGUGCACGGUGCAAUCGAACCUAUCGAUAGGGACGAUGGCAAAUCCCAUAACAGUUCGAAAGAAUACUUUCUUKWACGAUCGGUCAUWGGACGUACCUUUCGAAGGCUCGCCGACGGUUUCCUCUAUUUGAAACCAGAUACGGUUCGUCGCUGGAAAGAGGCCAAAACAGAAUAGAUAUCUGUCAUCAAAGCCCACGUCCAAACAAACAAGACAACCCAUCCUCUCUUAUUGUGUUUGGCAACAAGCGGCUGCUGUUUCUUUCCUCAAAUUAUAGUCAUUUGGUUGGAUCGUCCCUUAACUCUAAUUUUGGUCAGUCUGUGUAACCACAGUUUUCCUUUUAAAGUGUUGCUGUUUUUGUGUAUGGGUUCGUGAUAAAAUUUGAUAAUACUACUGCAUAUCAAGGACAUAUGACAAUACAAUGUACAUCUAGUAGUAGUAGAGCAUCACACUACCAGCCAAUACAAUGGGUUGUAAAGAAGGGGUUAAGAUAUUUGUAGUUUCAAUGAUGCAUUUGAUCACUCAUAGUUUGUAUAAUUGGAAAAAGUUCUACAGUAAAUAUUAUAUUUUACC